AUGUCUAUACUUGUUGAACUGGCUAAGUCAGAGCAGAGAAAUCCCCCUCAAAAAUCUUCUCCAAUAAUCGCACAGAAAUUCCUUCAAGCUAUCUACAACCGCCACAGCUGUAGGUCACAGCGCUCCUGGGGCGAGUUCAACCGCUGCAACGGUUUGCUACAUUUUUCUAAUUGUUCCUUAUUGAUUGGCCAAAACGUGCACCGUUCUGCAACUGUGUCGAAACGUUUCAUAUGUCUUGAACUCGCCCCUGUGCUCGGAGCAGCAUCAGCCAAUCAGAAAAUAGAUUGUUCUGUUGUUGGGGAGACGCGAGUUUCAGCUACAAGCGCGCGCUGCACCUGCAAAAUUGUGAGUGAUCUAGAGAGCGACCUGGAGCGAACGGGAGAACUGAAAGAACUGGAGAACUGUCGGGACUCAGGACCAUCAGCAUGUCAGGGAAGAAACAGAAGAGCCUCCUUUCCUUCUGGGAAGCCAAGGCUCAGAAAACAAAGGCAGGGAGGACAAAAGCUGAAUGUGGGUUUUACAACCAGGGCAACCCUCAACCAGCUCCUAGAGGCUGGAGAUGUCACUCCACAGCAGGUGGAGAGAUUCCACCAGGCUGUCUUGGCAUUUUUGACAGGGGCAGUUGAAUAUGCCAUGGCAAAACUGCCCCUUAAAGAUAGUCUCCUGAAACACGCCAGGUUUGUGGAUGUGCAGCAGAGGGCAGACUGUGAAGUCAAUGAUGCUGCAUACUUUGUGGAUCGGUUCACCAAACUGCUUCCAUAUCAUGAACCCCAAGACCAAGACCAACUUGCAGAGGAGUUUCAGGACUACCAGUUAAUGGAGGUCCCAAUGCCCGAACACCAAACGGAAUUUGACGUUGAGGCUUUCUGGGAAGGCAUGAGUUCACUUAAGAAUAGGGUGACUGGAAUGAGCAGAUUUCCCAGGCUGUCUGCAAUUGCCAAAUUAGUUUUAAUUCUCCCCCACUCCAAUGCAGAUGCUGAGAGGGUUUUUUCCAUGGUGGGCUUGAACAAGACCAAAACAAGAAACGCCUUGGCCCUGGACGGAACCCUCUCAGCAAUCAUGACAGUGAAAAUGGCUGGCAUUGAACCUCACUGCUUUAAGUGGGAGCCCCCAGUGUCAGUAAUUAAGGCAUCUAAAUCUGCCACAAACACUUACAACACACAGCAUCACUCAUAAACGCACUCACACACAAUAUCCACCAUUGUUCAGUGGGGCCCUUUGGGGCUAUAUUUGUGUUUUUUGCCUUUAUUGAAUUUGAAAUGGAAAUGUUUAUGCAUAAUAAAGAACAAAACAUAUUUUACUGUAUUAUUAUUUGUUAUGGAAUAA